CCCCACUGAGGUAUUCCUUCCCCUCUCAGGACUAGCCACAUGCUGUCUCUCUGCCCUGGCCUCUUCCACCCCAUGCCCAGUCAGAGACCGUUUUGAGGGUGAGCAAAUGGACAGUAGACAAGCCAGUCUACAGCCCACCACGGGAGCCACCGCCUGGGCCAGACAUGAAGCGCUGGCAGAUUUUUGUCCUGUGGGUCUUUUGGGUGCUCAUCCUCUGGCUGAUGACCCCCUAUCUGGAUCUGACACCUGAAUCAGCACCCCAGGAAAAACGAAUGUACUUGGUACCACGGCGUUGCGACUGCCCUUGGUUCAGUUCCGGGAAGUGUGGCUGCCCUUCUGAGACCCUCAACUACUCCUCCUGCCACCACACAGCCGACGAAUGGAACUGGCUUGAUGCGUGCUCCAGGAAGACUAUGGGGUACCUGAUGAGGACAAGAGAGUCUAUGACCUCUGACACUGUGCUCUGGUGGUUGGGCAUGAACUCAGGGAGCGAGCUUGGGAAAUUGUGGAGGAAGCUGUUUAAAGGGAUUCCCAGGCUCUCAGUGAGCCAUUUUGAUUUCUAUUGUGGGACUUGUGUGCUGUUGGGGCGCCCACAGAUCCUGCAGGGCUCCAGCCUUGGCAACGACAUCGACCAAUACCCCGUGGUUUUCAGGAAUGCCAGCGACCAGGGCUCCUGGAUGCAGCUGGAGAUGCUACUGCGGAAGCUCUCUGACCUGGUGUGGACUUCAGAUGCUCUAAGUGAUGAGAUUUUGGAAGAUGGUCUGGUUCCCUAGUGGAGUAGAAGAUAGCAAAGACACGGUCACCCUCUUUGGAUUUGGAUCAGAAUAGCAAGGAAAGUGUUUCUAUCACUGGAAGGAGGAUAAUCAGACCAAGGGCUCCAAGGAAAUACUGCCCACGUCUAGUGCAGGAGCAGAAAUCGAAGUCAUCCAUCAGCUAGCGUGUGGACAAGCUCACUAUUCACACAAGCUCAGCCUAGCUGAGUCCAUACAAAUCCUAUUUCUGGGUGGGUAAAGGGCAGGAGGAAAUUGUAAGAUCAGUCUGGUACUGAAUAAAAUCCUGGCCUGAUUGUCUUA